AUGAACAGCUUUAGCAACGAAGACUUUGACUUUAGCUUCCUUGAAGAAGGAUUCAGUGCCCGGGACAUCCUGGAGCAGAAAAUCAACGAAGUUUCCUUGUCUGAUGACAAGGAUGCCUUUUAUGUAGCUGAUCUUGGUGACAUUGUAAAGAAACACAUCCGGUGGUUUAAAGCGCUGCCACGUGUAACUCCUUUUUAUGCCGUUAAAUGCAAUGACAGCAAAGCCAUUGUCAAGACUCUCUCCAUCAUGGGGGCAGGAUUUGAUUGUGCCAGCAAGACUGAAAUUCAGCUUGUCCAGAGCAUUGGUGUCCAGCCAGAGAGAAUAAUUUAUGCAAACCCAUGUAAGCAAGUUUCACAGAUCAAAUAUGCAGCUAGCUGUGGUGUUGAGAAGAUGACAUUUGAUAGCGAGGUGGAACUAAUGAAAGUGGCCAGGAAUCACCCCAAUGCCAAACUUGUUCUGCGUAUAGCCACAGAUGACUCUAAGGCUGUGUGUCGGCUAAGUGUGAAGUUUGGUGCCACUCUUAAAACCAGCAGAUUGCUUCUUGAACGUGCUAAAGAACUGAAUGUUGAUAUCAUUGGCGUAAGCUUCCAUGUUGGCAGUGGCUGCACAGACCCACAAACCUUUGUGCAGGCUGUUUCUGAUGCUCGCUGUGUCUUUGAUAUGGGAGCAGAACUUGGCUUCAACAUGCACUUGCUUGACAUUGGUGGUGGCUUUCCUGGAUCUGAGGAUGUUAAGCUGAAGUUUGAAGAGGUGACAUCUGUGAUAAACCCAGCCUUGGAUAAAUAUUUUCCUGCUGACUCAGGAGUAAAAAUCAUUGCAGAGCCUGGGAGAUACUAUGUUGCAUCUGCAUUCACACUGGCUGUCAAUAUAAUAGCUAAGAAAGUCAUGCUGACUGAACAGACUGGAUCUGAUGAUGAAGAUGAUGCUUCCAGUGACAAAACACUCAUGUACUAUGUAAACGAUGGUGUCUAUGGCUCCUUCAAUUGCAUCUUGUAUGACCAUGCCCAUGUCAAACCCAUACUUCAAAAGAAACCAAAACCCGAUGAGAAAUUCUAUUCUAGUAGCCUUUGGGGACCAACUUGUGAUGGACUGGAUCGCAUUGUUGAACGAUGUGAGCUACCAGAGCUGCAGGUGGGGGACUGGAUGCUGUUUGAGAACAUGGGUGCCUACACUGUGGCUGCAUCUUCUACAUUCAAUGGAUUUCAGCGACCAACUCUCUAUUAUGUCAUGUCAAGACCGCACUGGCAAUUAAUGCAUACUAUCCAUGAACACGGUAUUGUUCCUGAGGUGCCGGAGCUGAAUGCUGUCCAUGUAUCCUGUGCCUGGGAAAGUGGAUUGGAGUUGAACUCUACCACAUGUACUUCUGCAAGUGUCAAUGUCUAG